UUCGGUACAUAGAUAUUCCGCACUCUUUGGCAAUCUCAGCAGUUUGGCACUUGAUAUGUGUGCUAGAACACCUCACCCUAAAGAUGUGUUCAAGUUGGAUGCAGGUGACAUUUCUCCUUGCACACUUGAUUGUUGCAGGAGCAGUGGUAUACCAGUACCCAGGGUCACUAACAGUGGCAGAGGGUACCAAUGUGACGUUUCACUGUGACAUCAGUGAAAUGGGAGGGGAAUGCUCUUAUAUCGUAUGGGUGCAAGUGGGACCUAUGAGAAAGCUCACACUCUGGCCUCAAAAAACCUACAGUGUCCACACCAACACGGCCUGCCUCCUGAACAUCAUCAAUGCCAACAGGACAAGUGUGGGCAUCUUCUACUGUGCCCUGCUUAAUGGUGCCAUGCUGAACAUGGGCAAUGGGAGUGUGCUGGAAGUCUCUGACCCUAUCACCUCUGAAGCUACUCUGGAGGUCCUGGUGCCUAUGGACUGGCAGGAGGCCCCCUCAUCCCCAGUCCCACUCCUGUGCCUGGUGUCUGGACUGGAUCCCAGUCAGGCCAGGGUGUACUGGGAGGUGGAGGGGAAGGUUCAGUCCUCAGAGCGUUUACCUGAGGUUCAGUCAGAGAAGCCAGCCACUGUCAGAGUCCAGCUCUCUGUACCUGGCCAUACCUGGGCUGAAGGUAAAGAGAUCACCUGUGUCAUGGAGAGCACCAGUGGGGUGAAGAUGAACAAGACAGUCAGCAGGAUGGGAAUGGAGAGGUCCAGACAGGGAAUGUUUCUGGCCAUCUCUUUGGGCGGCAUGUGUAUCCUUCUUUCUAUUGUGGUGAUUGUCAUCACCUUGUAUGUCUGCAGACUGAGACACGACCCUCGAAAGAAAAUAUUUCAAGCCUAUGAGCACAACCAGGACGGAGCACAGGGUCUGACUGAAGUGCAAUAUGCCAGUUUAAAGUUUGGAGCUGGUCGUGGGAGACACUUACCUACAGCCGCUGCUAAAAACAGACAAUAUAAGUAGGCUAAAGCUGCCCUAGUAAGACCUUACAUGUGAAUUAAAUUUUCUACAAAAACAUAAAAGAAGUGCUUAUUCAUUCAGGGUCAUCGGUUUGUCAAAAUGCUUUCUUGCUUAAGUUUUCUGACCUACUUAUUUGAGUCAAUGAUGUAAGGAUUUUUGCCUUUAGAAUUAGGAACUUAUUUAGUCAGAUUGUGUUGUCAUUUUACAAGCUUUGUGAUUAAAAAUCAUUUGUCUUGUUGAAAUAAUAGCCAAAUGUAAAUUACAUUUAAGACAAGUUUAAUUUAUGGAGUGAACUAAUUUCUCUAGUCAUAUGCUGAUGAGAUUUUUGUGAUAAUAGUCAGCAAUAAAAAUGA